UAUACUUUCAUGACAAAACCACCCACAGGGCGACCUACAGAGCGACCCAUGGCACCAUCCACGGCAUCUGAAGUCAUUUCCAAUCAGUUGAACAAGAAUGUGGAUCCAUGUGACGACUUUUAUUCCUACGCAUGCGGAGGGUUUUCCAAAACCCAUCAUCUCAGUGCGGAACAGAGUAGCGAAACUGGCUUCACUAUCGUGAACGACGACAACAUGGAGGUUUUACGACAAGCUAUGGAGACUGCUGCUUAUAACUAUUCACAGGUUUGGCACGAGUAGUCUAGGACGCUGAACUAGAUUCAAACCAAUCAGAGCGUAGUAUUUUUGUAAUGGACCAAUUUCUGUGGUUGUUCAUUCGCGAUCGCGCGUUAUUCGAAAAAGUGUUUCAGCCAAAUUUGCAGGGCUUUGCAUUUAUAGAGCUUGGUAUGUAUCAUUUCUACAUUGAACUGAUACUUUUUUUUGGACAAGAACUGUUCAGUUAGACCCUUCUCAGGUCGCCAUUUUAAUGUCACGCAACACAUAUGCUUGAAAAUUAAUACGUGCUCUAUUAGAAAACGAAGAACCCGGUGGAGCAUAAGCGAUGUAAAACGUUAAAGUCACUAGAGGGUCUUACAUCUGAUCAAAUUUAAACUUUAAAAGGAUUUAAAACUUUUAGAUUCGAAGCAUGAUGAUGUCACAUGAGAACUAGCAUAUAUAUGUUUCAGGGUGAUUUAUAUGUUAUUUCCCGGCCCUUGUA